GUUUCAAGUUUAUUCAGUCUCACGAGUUAAAUAUUUUCAACAUAGAGAUACAAAUAGAAUUUUCAACACAGAGCUACUACACAGAAUUACUAAUUUAACUCGGCAUAGAUAUAAUAGUACAACAUUUGAUAUGAAGAUGUGUGUACAACAUUCAAUAUUAUGGUGUAACAUUUGACAUGGAGGUACAUGUACUAAUACAAUAUUCAACAUAGGGAUACUAAUACAACAUUCUACAAGAGUAUAAUGCUUUACCUUCCAGAGAAUCUCUUAUUGAUAAAUGAAAUGUACUUUGAUAAUUUGGAGAGUGUAAUUCUAUUUUCUGAAGAAAAGAGAGAAUGGAAUUUUAAGGUAUUUGGUCUGUCAGUGAAACGUUCAUGUAAAUAAAUAGAUCUGCUUUUUAAAGUAACUACAUUCCAUUAUAUAUUGAAACUCAUCUUCCACCUGGUUAUUACAAAGGCUACAUUUUCUUUUUGAUCUUUUUACAUUGUGCUGCCUACCUACUUCUGUUGGUAGUUUGUGGUUUGAACAUCUGAAUCUAGCUAAAUUUCUAAUGGUAUUUCUAUGUAAGGAAGAAAAUAGAUAGCUUUGUUUUUGAAAUUGAAUUGUAUGUAUAUAAAUGAAUGUGUAUGUUUGCUGUAUUUUGUGAUGUAUUUUGCCCUUUUUUAGGUCUCCUUUUUUGUAUGCGUAUUAUUUGAAUAUAUCAGAAUUUUUUUUUUUUUGUAACCUUUUUUCUCAUGUUUGGUGUCAAGGGGUUGUUCCAUGUCAAACACAGCACAUUGAAGUAGAAAGUAAGUUUAAUUUUCUAAUGUUUGAAUUAAAUUCUACAGUAUCCACAACACAGAUUCAUGUGCAAGUUUGCACAUACAGUACUUGGGUUUACAUUUUGUAAUUCUGAGUUAAUACAGAUCUGAACCAGUAGAGAUGCAUAGCAAAGAGACAUGCAUAGUGCUUUCAUUAGUCAUGAAGGUCCAGUUCUUUCUUGUCCAGUUGGUCACUUGGCAGUCGGUCAGCGUGGCUGGAGAGGCAUAUAUUUAUUACGUAAAUGGAACUUCCACUCAGUACUAUAGCCAAGGCUUUGUAAGAGAAUGUCUGGCAGUGGGAUUUAAUGCUGUACACUGGGGCUACACGAGCUGUGUGAGGUGGUGGACUAACAAUGGGACCUUCCUUAACGUCAGUUCACGUCUUGAUGGAGGGAGGGUCUACACGGACGCCAAUAACAGCCUGUACUUUAAGGAACUCCAAUUAAAUGACGCAGGGCAGUGGUUGUGUCUUCUUUCAGAUAUGACAUCCAGUGUCAAUGUGACACUGUCACUGACAGUACAUGACAUUCCACAGGAGAAUUUUGUACUUCGUGGUAUUAUAGGAGGUCUGACCACAUUAGUAUAUCUGGUCAUAGUAUUGAUUUGCUAUCUGUUCUACACGUACCCUUGCCCCUAUAUUGGACGUGCUUAUCUUAAUCAAGCCACUCAUCCAGAGGACUGCUACUCCAGCAAGGUGGACUGGGAACAGAUGACCAGUGGUUCAUGGGAAGAAACCUCCCUGGCCUCUGAAAGAACAAGGAUCUGGGCAAACCAAAGCUUUGAGACUAAGUAUGGUGCUGCUAUGUAUGACAACGCUUUAAAACAACAAACUCCGUGAUUAUCAGACAUGAGCUUUUUUCACUGAAAUGUGAAAUUCCGCAUAUUUUUAAUUCAAUUCUAAGGCGGCCCCAAGACCCCCAGCUGGUUAGGUCCCAUGAUAAAUAUUCAGUUUUUUUUUAAACUUAGGCUCAUGUCUGGUUUAUAAUACAUUGUCCAGAAAAAUGCAUAGUUUGGAGAUUGCCAGAGAUAUAAAACUGAAACUGACUGAAGUUUUUGCAUCCCUUGUAUAGAUCACUGAAUAUUCCUUAAGUCUCUAAAAUGGUGACUUAAGGUGGUCAUUAAGGACCAAACCAGGAAGUGGCCAGACCAGGAAGAGGGCUUCUUGGAUGUUGAAUAAUAUGGACAAAUGGCAGUACAUGUUUCUAAUUUUUAUAUACAGACGUUAUAACAUUUUUGCCUGUUAAACAUUUGGUACAUAGAAAAUGUAAAGGAUUGAUUGCCACAAAGAUAAUUGUAAUAUGUGCACACUACUUAUUUCACCAUUUGUUUUAAUGACCAGUUUUGACAAGCACUAGGGCACAGGAAGAAAAACAUUUUUUAUUUGGUUGUUUUUAUACUUUCUUAUUGCAUAUAAUAAAACACAAAUACAAUUAUUACCCAAAUAUAACUUUAUUUCAUCUAUUCCAAAAAUAACAACCAUGUAUAUGAAAAACCUCACAAAUACUGUCCAUUGAUCUGAAAUUAAUGUCUUCCCAAGUAAUAUUGGGACGAGAGCUCUUUUGCCUCUUGAAUAAGUUUUGUUGUA